ACACAAUCACUCUCUACGGCAGCACGACAAGUCAGAUACCUGACUCACACAACACACCACACGCGUGCAUAAGAAGGCAAGGGCCGCCCGACUGCUUCUCACUGAUAUCACCUCUGUCCGCGAUGUCUCGAUUCUUCCACGGCCAAGACAGCUCCAGCGAGAGCAGCUCCGACGAGGAGGAACUGUACAGCGACGAGGAGAAGGCUGAGGAGGAGAGCAGCGAAGAGAGCUCAGAGGAAGAUGAUGAUGACGAUGAUUCGUCCAGCAGCGAUGAUGAGGGUGGAAAGACUGGCGCCAAUCGUUUCUUGCGCGAGGUGUCAUCGGAAGACGAGGAGAGCGACGAGGACAAAGUCACAGUCGUCAAGUCUGCAAAAGACAAGCGACUUGACGAGCUGGAAGGCACGAUUCGACUGAUUGAGAAUGGCGAGAAGAUCAGCGACUGGAACGCCAUUAACGAGAAUUACGACAAGAUGAACCGCCAAUUGCCCACGCUCAUUCGUGAUAUGGACGGUAAGGCACCAAAGAUGUAUGUCAAGACCAUCGCAGAGCUAGAGACGCUCGUGGCCGAGGCAUUUGAGAAGCAAAAGGUCACACCGGGCAAGAAGAUGAACCCCAUCGCACAGAAGGGUCUCAACGCGUUGCGCCAGAAGAUCAAGAAGAACAACCGUGACUACGCCACAGAGGUAGAGGCUUUCAGGAAGGACCCCAAUGAGUACAUGAAGGAAGAUGUGGUCGAGGAGCCAAAGGCACCCAAGCCCAAGAAGGCCAAGACCACGCUCGUCAGCAACGCGGACGCACUGGAGGGCGACGAUGACGGUUUCACCAUGGUCGGUGCCGGCGGCAAGGCCAUGGUGUAUACACCGGAAAGCAUCCUCAAGCACUUGCGCUCUAUUGUGGAGUCUCGUGGUAGGAAGAACACAGACCGUUUGGAGCAAAUUCGCAUCAUGGAGAAGCUCUCAGAUGUGUCUGUCAACGACUACCAGAAGAUACGCGUGCUUCUCACACUUAUCGCCACCCGUUUUGAUCUGACCUCUGGAACUGGCUCGCAAAUGGCACAAGAGCAGUGGAAGCUGGCUUCGCAAGAGAUCGCACAACUGCUUAGCGUUCUUGAGAGCAACAAGAACAUUGUAGUGAUCGAGCAUGCCGAGGAGUGGGAAGACGAUGAGAAGCAGCCAACUAUUACCGACGAUGAGAUUUUCAAGACUCCGGGCAGCGUGAUCUCUUUCGUUGAGCGUCUUGACGAUGAACUAACACGAGUCUUGCAACACGUCGAUCCACACACCUCCGAAUAUGUCGAGCGUCUGCAAGACGAGGGCAUUCUCUACUCCAACAUUGUCCGCGCCUCGAUCUACGCCGAGCGACUGAAGUCUCUGCCGAAACUGGAUGCCUCCCAAGAGAAUGUCAACCGUGUCGUGAUGCGCCGCCUCGAACAUGUCUACUUCAAGCCUGCACAGGUCGUCACGAUCCUCGAGGAGAAUAGCUGGAAGGAGAUCUCCCCCAAGCUCGACUCGACCAUCACGCCUCGAUCAAAGAGCGCAGACAUCACUACUCUUGUCGAAACUCUUGCAAGCUACCUUUUCAAGCACGCUGAGGGUAUCAUCAAGGGACGCGCCAUGCUCUGCCAGAUUUACUACCUGGCACUGCACGAUCACUACUACCGUGCUCGUGACAUGAUGCUCAUGUCGCAUUUACAGGAGACCAUCGGCAGCUUCGACGUCAACACUCAGAUUCUCUACAACCGAACACUUACGCAGGUUGGUCUAUGCGCUUUCCGGGCGGGACUUGUCUACGAAUGUCAAACUUCCCUUCAAGACAUCUGCGGCAGCCAACGGCAAAAAGAGCUUCUGGCUCAAGGUUUGCAGAUGCAGCGCUACUCACAGAUCACCCCGGAGCAAGAGCGCUUGGAGCGACAGAGACAGCUUCCCUUCCACAUGCACAUCAACCUCGAACUUCUCGAAUGUGUCUACUUGACCUGCUCUAUGCUUCUUGAGAUCCCAACGCUCGCACAGUCUGGCUCAUCGCCCGACCUGAAGAAGCGUGUCAUUUCCAAGUCGUACCGACGUAUGCUGGAAUACCACGAGCGCCAGAUCUUCACAGGACCACCUGAGAAUACCCGCGACCACGUCAUGCAGGCGUCGAAGGCUCUUGCAGCUGGCGAGUGGAAGAAGUCCGCCGAGUUCAUCACCACCAUCAAGAUCUGGGAUCUUCUGCCGCAAGCCGAGCAGAUCAAGAAGAUGCUCGAAAGUCAAAUCCAAGAGGAGGGUCUUCGAACGUAUCUCUUCACAUAUGCUCCGUUCUAUGACACGCUCUCGAUCCAGAACUUGGCCGACAUGUUCGAGCUUGAGCCACGAAAGGUUGCCGCGAUUGUCAGCAAGAUGAUUCACCACGAGGACCUCGCGGCUGCACUGGACCAAGUCAACAGCGCCAUCAUCUUCCGCAAGGGCGUGGAGCUCAGCAGACUGCAAAGCUUGUCGCUCACACUUGCGGACAAGGCGCAGAAUCUCAUCGAAAGCAACGAGCGUGUACUGGAACAGCGGACACAAGGUACGUCGAACGCAUUCGAGCGACAACCACAACGCGGUGGCCGUGGCGGUCGCGGCGGAGGUCGUGGUGGGCGAGGAGGCCGAGGUCGUGGCGAUUUUGCUGGUGGUCAGCGCGGUGGUGGAUCUGGCUUCACCGGUGGUGCGCUUGGUAAUGCGAUCAGAGCUCAGUAGGCUUUUUGCACGUCGGAAGUAAAAGUGGUAGUAGUAAGGUACGUAGUACCUAUGUUGGCGUUGUUGUUAUUUUAUACAACAGGCACGGAUAGCAUUGCUGGCAUGGCACGGCAUGGCGCUGUGAUGUUUUUGCAAACUUAUGCUUCUGAAAUAUAUGAAAUGGAGAAUUUCAGUCUCAAGGUCUCUUCUUUCUUGGG